AUGACAGCAGUGAAUAGAGGCAGUUUAGGAGGUGAAGCAAUGCUUGUGUUUUUCAAUUGGGUGAUUCAGAAACCGAAUGUGGCUAAAGAUGCUCAUAUGUAUCAUGUAAUCAUCAAAGCAUUGGAUAGGAGAAAGUUCUUCAAGUACAUAAUGCAAGUUUUGAGUGACAUGAGAAGCCAAGAUGUAUGUAUCAAUUUGGAGACUGUGUUGAUAGUGAUGGAUAGUUUUGUGAUGGCUGGACAUGUAUCGAAAGCAAUCCGAUUUUUUUGGGACUUGGAAGAGUUUGGGUUGGAUUGCGGUACUGAGUGUCUGAAUGUGCUUCUGCAGUGUCUGUGUCGGCGGUCUCAUGUAGUGGCUGCAAGCUUGUUUCUUAAUUCAGUGAAGGGGAAGGUGGAGUUUAAUGGUGCGACGUAUAACGUAGUUUUUGGUGGGUGGUCGAGAUAUGGUAGAGUUGGUGAGAUGGAGAGUACUUUGGAAGCAAUGGUAGCAGAUGGGUUUAGUCCUGAUUGUGCAACUUUCUGUCACAUUCUUGAGGGUUUAGGAAGGGCUGAUCAGAUUGAUGAUGCGGUUGAGAUUUUUGAGAGCAUGAAGAGGAAAGGUUGUUACUUCAAGAGUAUGUCGAGAAAUGGUUGUGAUCCAAAUGUUGAUACUUAUACCAAAGUGAUUGCUGGUUUUCUUAAAGCCCGAAAAUUGGCAGAUAUACUGGAGAUGUUUGAUGAGAUCUAUGGUCCACCAUAUGCUGCUAUGAUGAUCUACCAGAAAGCAAGAAAGGUCGGAUGUAGAGUAUCAUUGGCUGCUUAUAAGCUAUUGCUUAUGCGCCUUUCUAGAUUUGGUAAAUGUGGAAUGUUGCUAAACAUUUGGGAUGAGAUGCAGGAAUGUGGUUAUGUUUCUGAUAUUGAAGUUUAUGAGCACAUAAUCAGUGGACUUUGCAACAUAGGGCAGCUUGAAAAUGCUGUAGUUGUCAUGGAAGAGUCUCUACGAAAAGGUUUUUGCCCAAGCAGGCUUACUUACAGCAAACUAAGUAACAAACUUCUUGCUUCAAAUAAGUUAGAGAGGGCUUACAAGUUAUAUUUGAAGAUUAAAGCUGCUCGUCAUGCUGACAACAAGUUAUGGACUUACCCUUUAGAAGAGUGGUUUUCAGACAUUGUAUCAGAGACUGGCUUGACAAUGGAGCUGUCCUCUCACUCCUCUGAUCAGCUAUACUUGAAGUCUGAUUAUCGUGCCCUCAUAUUGGGCAUAUGUGAAAAUGAACUUUUGUAUUGA